UUCUUCUUCACUCAUACUGUCCGAAGCUGUGCGGUUUGUGGUGGCGGCGCUGCUUAUCUUCAACGGCAAAAAGAUGGAAAUCAAGGCAGAUGGAAGUGAUGGAUCGUUGGUUUUAAUCAAGCAAGGAGCUGAGGCUAGGGUAUUUGAGUCAACAUUUGUGGGUAGUAGAAGGUGUAUUAUCAAGGAACGGUUUUCAAAGAAAUACAGGCAUCCAACUUUGGAUUCAAAGCUCACUCUUAAACGGUUGAAUGCGGAGGCAAGGUGCAUGACAAAAGCUAGACGGCUUGGUGUUGUUACUCCAGUGUUGUAUGCUGUUGACACUGUUAUGCAUACUCUCACCUUCGAAUAUGUUGAAGGUCCUUCUGUGAAAGAUAUAUUGCUUGGCUUUGGACUAGUUGGAGUUGACGAAGAACAGAUGGCUGAUAUUACAGCACAGAUUGGUAAUGCUAUUGGAAAACUUCACGAUGGUGGCCUAGUCCAUGGCGAUUUGACAACAUCAAACAUGUUACUGAGGAGUUCUGCCAAUCAGCUGGUGCUGAUUGACUUUGGUCUAAGCUUUACUUCAACUCUUCCAGAAGAUAAAGCAGUUGAUUUAUAUGUACUAGAACGUGCUUUACUCUCUAUGCACUCUUCUUGUGGAAAUGUGAUGGACCGGAUACUUGCUGCAUAUAGGAAGUCCUCAAAGCAGUGGUCAUCAACCUUGAACAAGCUAGCCGAAGUGAGGCAAAGAGGAAGAAAGCGCACAAUGGUUGGUUGAGCUUCUCCAGUUCUGCACUCUACGUUGAGGUUGGACUUGUCUCUAUGCUUUCAACUGCAU